AUGGAAGCCUUCAGAGUUCUGGCCGUGAUCUUUGCCCUCGCUGUGGUCGCUUCAGCUUCUCAAGAGCAUGUUCGCAAAAUCAUUCACGUGCCGUACAAAAUCCACACGGUUCACCACCAUCAGAUCCAGAAGGUGCCCGUGCCGGUGCCCGUCGUGAAGGAGGUUCCCGUGUACAACACAGUCGAGGUGCCGGUCGUGAAGCAGGUGGAAGUGCCGGUGAUCCAGAAGGUGCACGUCCCGGUGCACGUGCCCGUGCAAGUGCCGGUCGUGAUCUAUCAGAAGCCUCACAAGGAGCACAGCUUCCAGGAUUCCUACCACAACGACGCCUGGCAGUGGCAGCAGCAAGGACACGCCCAGACCCAUGAAGGCGGACACUAUUCCGGUGGUUAUUGGUAG